UCUUACGUCAUCAGCCAGCUCCAGAAAGCUCUCCUGUGUGAGCGGCGGCGGCGGCUGCUACUUCCAGACCAGCCAGCGGAAACAAACAGCCACAUUGUAGCCGCUGGGUGAAACGCGGCUGUAGGCGACGCGGGUCAGCUAUUAUUACACACGCAGCCGUGCGCACGUCUGGAUGUGUGCAGAGGGAGUGCGCGUUUUGCAUUGACAGUCUUAUGCAAGCCACCCUGCGCACAGGCACGAUGUCCGACGCUGCUACUUCCACAGACAACAACGGAGACUCCGGACUAAAUGGGUCCUGGGUGGAGUUGGAGAUGAACAGAGGCGCAGCUGGCUCGGCUCAGUCAUCUUCUACAGCAGGUCCAGCUCCCGGUCUGUUGCCCCUUCCUCAGGUGGAGGAGGAGGAGGAGGCCAUAGUGGGAGGGCUGGAGCACGUCCCCUCCUCAUCCUCCAUUCACAAUGGAGACAUGGAGAAGAUCCUAUUGGAUGCCCAGCAUGAGUCGAGCCGCAGCAAUUCCUCCUGUGACAGCCCCCCACGGCCCCACAGUCCCCAGGAUGACGGACAGAUCAUCUUCGAUGUGGACGUGACCAGCAGAAGAGACAGCCAAUCAGAGGAGGAUGCCCUGGACAAGGAGAGGGACAUGGACAUCCUAAUGAAGGACGCAGACUGGGUGGCUGACUGGUCCAGUCGACCGGAAAACAUUCCACCCAAGGAGUUUCACUUCCGUCACCCCCGGCGCUCAGUAACACUCAGCAUGAGGAAGACUGGGGCGAUGAAGAAAGGAGGCAUCUUCUCCGCUGAGUUCCUCAAAGUCUUCAUCCCCUCGCUGCUACUAUCACACAUCCUCGCUCUGGGACUCGGAGUCUACAUUGGGAAGAGGUUGACCACGCCACCUGCAAGCUCUUUCUGAGCCUGAAACUGAAGAAGUGCCUGAGAAGUGGCCAUGACUUGUUGGGGAAUUUUUUUGCUGUUGUGAGAGGAAUGCCCAUCUCUCCUCCAACUCCCCCCUUUUUCUCUUUUUCCUGUCCCUCUGCUCCCCCUGUCCUGCCCCUGCCUCUCCUCCCUGGCCCUGAGAUAUGACAUGUUCUCAGGAAAAAAUGCAUUGCCUUUUCCUCCUCCUUCCCCCCUCUUUCUUUAUCGGUCUUUCUCUGACUGUCUGUAGAUAAUCCCUUGUCCCCCUAUAUCCUUCACUCAUUUGUAUAAGCUUUUCAAGGAACGAAUGAGGUCACAUUUUCCUUUCCCCAGUGAUUGGGUGUAUUACUGUUUAUAAUGGAUGGGUUUUGUGAGAAGGGCGCAGCAUUAAACCAAACCAAACUCUUCUACUACAUGCUAUCCUGGUGCCCUUCGAUUACCUGCUAACAAGGGGGCACUGUCCAGUUUAGAAAAAAAGAGAAAUGACCUGAGAUUGUGCCACCUACUUCAGUAGCCCAACACUCGAUCUUGAAAGGGUUCAACCAAAUUCAGAGAGUCGGCUACGUGAACUGAUAAUGUGAGCAUGCCUUUGAAAGUAGCCAUUUUGUUCAUUAUGACAAAUACAUUUACUUUAGAAAAUAUCGUCUUCUUUUUUUUAAUUUAUUUUACACCAUUGGUGGGUUAUUGAGAAGACCUAAGUUGUGAUUAUGAAAGUAGUGGCUGGCCGUCCCGGUCCACAACAAGCACUCACAAAACAGAAACUGAGGGAGUCUUUGGCUUCGUCUGCCAGAAGAGAGAGAGAAAGAGAGAGAGAGAGAGAGAUUUAUGUGACGCUAUUUCAUCUCUUCUGUGAUGAAAAGCGGCAAAAUUCACCUCUAUCCAGUUCUUUAUCUUAACGGAAAGUUGCAAAGUGACAAUAACUGGAAGCCAGUGAGUAGAUUUUUUGAUGUGCAUGCAGUCGGUCUAUACCUCUUGGUGUACACUCACAUGCAGUAUUUUGUGGUUGGGUUUUGGGUAACAGCACUGUGGGGUCCAGAAAGGUUCAGAUGUCCGUCAGUCCUCGUGUGUCGAUGUUGUCAUUCCAGUGUAACUCAAGCCUCCUGGGUUGCCCUCAACAUAUCAUACGCUAGUCUGGUCCUGUUUCUACUGACUGAGGCCUGCCAACACUGAACAGCUCCCUCCCUUACUAAACACUUUAUUGCAGAUCGGGCAUGAUGGCGCUGUACUGAUCAUAUUUGGGGGGUAAUUUUAUAGUCUGUAAUCAGUAUAGUUAAAGAAAAAGUCCCAGUCAGUGGUAGCCAGCCCUAUGUCUUGAUACUGAAACCCUUAUCUGCUGAAAUUUAAGCAAAACAAGCCGAGACGCUUCAUCCCACUGCAAACAAAGCAAAAAUGACUCCAGAGUCUGAACUCAAGACAGGCAGAACGUACCAGCCACGACUGCUAACAAACCGUACUCAUGAUUGUUUAACAGCCAAAGCGUGGCAACUUUCAGUCGAUUUUUAAAGGGAGGUUUGUUUCUACCUAAAAAAAAAACUACAUUUGUUAACACAGGUACUUGGCUAGCAUGUUGAGUGAGGUCGUGUACUCCUACAGCAUGAUGGAAAAGCUUAAUUAUAGUGCUCCGACAUAGGCUUCACUGCAGUAUCUCUAAGGUUACAGGGGUUAUAGUUUGAUAGCGGUGUGUUUCGUUUAGCUCUCAAAGUAUAGUUGUCAUGGCCAGACCGAAGUCAAACAGUAUUUGCAAAUGUUUUAUUUUAUUUUGUUUUAUGGCUUGUCGCAGCCUACGUUGGUGUCACAUGAGCAGGGUUGCCAUAUAAAAGGAUAUAAUGAGUGCCAGAAGUAUACUUAACAAGACGUUCAAAUGCUUUUCUAUGUGACUGACAGCUAGGUGAAGCUACUAUGUGAAGUAACAUUUGGCAUUACACGAAGGUUAAAGCAAAAGUUUAAAGAGCUGUUGGUAAAUACUGUUUGGCCCUAGGUCUACUCAGGACGCCACCUCUGACUGCCAACAGGGACUGGAGUCUGGUUUUACCCGAAAGGACUCCGUUCUGUAAACCAUGUGCCUCAUUGUCCCCCCACAAACAGCCACUGAGUUUACUUUGGUCUCACUGUCUGCAGCUCAGCCACAGAGAUACUGCACUGUUAUUUUGUGCCACAAAGCUGUUUCUGCCUGUGUUUGUACAUGCGACUUUUGAAUGAGGUAUUUUGGAUUGUUCCUUUGUGUUUGGUUUGUUGUGUGUUUAUCUGUUGUGUUUUGUUUGUUUGUUUUUUUUUUUUGUUUUGUUUUCUGGAAUUGGAGACAGAUUUUGAAUCGAAGAGCAGGAGCAGUCGUUGAAAUUGAACAUCCUGAAGUUUGACGAAGAUCAUGUUCUCUUUCAAACCGAGAUAUAGGUGUGAAAAAACAAAACAAAACAUUAAUACUGAGGGCAUGGCCUAAUGUCAGUGGAAAAUGAAAGGUGUAGAAAAAAGAUCUCCCUCAGACUGUGAUGGUACAGUGUAACAGUAGUUAUUGUAAUGACAUAUUUGCUUUAAAUUUGUUUUUCCCUCUUCACUGGAAAAUUGAUAAACAUUUUGUCAUUAAAGAUUACCUGAAUGAAGCAA